AAUACUGUCUAUAAAUGCCAAAUUAUACAAUUCGUUAAAAUUUUCAAUAUAUAAAUCACUAUAAAUAGCCCUCUUUUUAAUUUGGAUGAAGCAAUUCAUUGAAUCCCAACUGACUGAAUGAUUCAUCAUCGCCCGGAGCAAACCGCCGAACCUAAAGAGACGAAAUUUGACUUUGUAACGGUUUGUAAGGAAAGAGAUCAAAGAUGGAUGUAAGAAGUGGAAAAGCAUUAGUAACAGGCGGCGCACAGGGAAUUGGAAGAGCUGUUUGUGAAGCAUUGUUAAGCAGGGGAUGUAAGAUUUGCUUUGUGGACGUGAAUUCCGAAAGAGGUCAGCAAACGGUCAACGAAUUUCAGAAGACUUAUGGAGAAUCAAACUGCAUAUUUGUCAAAUGUGAUGUUUCGUCUUCGGAAGCGUUUGAAGAAGCUUACUUGAAAGCCAAACAGACAUUUGGGGAUUUAAAUAUUUUAGUAAAUAAUGCAGGAGUUUCCCAAGAAAAUAAGGCUGUAGAUAUUAAUUUGAAUGGUGUAAUAUAUGGUUGCAACAUUGCAUUAAAAUACAUGGGGAAGAAUAAUGGAGGUGACGGUGGUGCUGUUGUUAAUGUCGGUUCUGUGUUCGGUCUCCAACCCCCAGGAUUUAGUCCUGUCUAUUCAGCUGUCAAAGCAGGAGUAAUUGCUCUUACAAGAUGUCAUGGAUUCAAUUACGAAAAAAGUGGAGUUAAAUUCACCUGUGUAUGUCCUAGUACGGUAAACACCGAAAUGGUGCAAAAAGGCGUUACAUCAGGGAGUAAAGAAAUAAGAAUUUGUCAAAAGGAAUCCCGCAGUAGAAUGCAGUUAGCCAGAUGGAAGCAAGUAAAAGAUUUAAUUGUUUUCGAAAGUAUUUAUGCAAGACACGGUUACGAAGAUGCAUAUAAAGAAAAAGAAGGACAGGGUCCCAGAGUACACUGCUGA